AUGUCUGCAUCUUCCAGUCGAUCAAUCAACCUCAUGCGUGUCGGAAACCUUCGUGAUGAUGACCCCUGUCCACCUUGUGAUUGUCAAGACGCAGCAAGCAUGGAAAUUGAAGGUCCAAAAUGCAAGUUCUUUAUGUCGAAAGACAAAGAAAUGGAGGAGGGUUACUACAAACAAAAGCUUCACAAGAUGAGGUUUGAGCUAAAAAGGAAAGAAGAGUUUAGUGAAGUUUCGAAGGUUCAAAAGAAUUUGGUUAAGUUGCAGAAAGCUAUGGAAGAAGAUAAUCAUUGCCAUGUGGUUGAAAUGGACUUGAAAAGUGCAGCAGAUCAAAUAGGUUAUUAUGGUUGA